GACCCGAUCGGUCAGUCCGGAGGAGAAGCAGCGCGCGUGCAGUAGUUAACACGCUGUCUAUCACGCGUAAUAUACAACACACGGUUUCUUCUCUCUUCAUUUGUAUUCGCCGCGCGCGCGUGUGUAUACCGGGUGCUUCCCCCAAUAUAUUUUUUAUUAUCUUUCAUCUUCUUUUUUUUCUUUCUAAACGUUGGUACCACGCACACGUUCCCGAACCACCUUCCGGGUGAUCUGAGACCGCGGCGGUUUCCGUUCUUCGGUAGGUCCCGCGAAGAGACGCAGGCCUGCCCCUUUGGUGUUUUCCCGUGACUUAACCCACGAGAACCGUGCGCGUACGCUCACACGCAACCGUUCGGCGAUUUUCGUGCGCGCUCGUCGACGGUCGUCGUUUGGGGCUACCGUCGUCCGUCGCCAUCUUGACGGUCCACCUACCAAUCAACGUCACGAUCGCCAACCAAGUCGCUGAUCGUCACGGACGGAGAAAGGUACACGAGGCGACACCUUUCGCCGACGACGCGGACCCGUCCGCUCGUCCUUCCACACACGUGUCGCGGAAAAAGACGUGCGCGACACACGGGGAUUUUUCGACGGGAUUUCUCUCCGUUGUUUCCUUUUUCUAAAUUACAACCCUCCACCCCCGUUGCUGCUAUCCUACCCUCUCCUGGUUUCUGCCAUUGCUCCAGCUGUCUAUGGUGAACUGUCGGUCGAUUUACAACGAGCCGGGGGACCGCGUGUAAGCGUGUGCGUGUGACGUUUUGAAUUUGAGCCGAGAAAGUGGUGGCGUCUGUCGGGAGGUCCACGCACACCAACGUUUUUCUGUACUCCGCCGUCUGUGGUGCUCCCCUUCCCACCCCUCUCCCUCCAGCCGUCUCGACGUGUCUGGCCGUCUCUUUCGUUCUUGCGGCCGACGGUGGUCCCCUUCUACGCCGCUAUCCACAGUUCGCAGGGCGUCGCACGCAGGGCGGUACCGAUGCCCUUUCGACCUCCCGCGGUCAUCGAGAGUACGCAAGAGUGCUUCCGUCGCGCGGCCGUUGUCUCGCCGUCGAUUCUCACGUACCACUGCGUCGCGACAUUUACAGUCAAGAUUUUUCUGUUCGCGACGCUCAUCCUUUGAGGAUCUACCUUUUUCUAUCUCUGGUGCCGUAUACGCGCAUAACACGCUCCCUCUUUCUCCCCCAAACGCGUAUCUCCGCGCACGUGUCUCUCAGUCUCCGAGAAAAAAGGAUCGAAGAAAGACGAAAGAGAACGAUCGAACGACCGAACGACCGAACCGGCGACAACGGCGGCGGAUUUAUAGUUUCCAGUUUUCGCCGCGCGCGCGAUACACCCUAUGCGUGCGUCCGUGUACACCCACGUGUGCCUGUUUUCAGUAUUCAGAAGUGUCAUACGGUGAAGAUCCUACGGUGGACCAAAGUAUUCCGAGUGUUCACCCGGUAAAACGCAUCUAGUCACACGGCGUGUCCGCCAAUAUACCAAAGCAGACGAAAAACCGUCAUCGUUUAUCUGCGCGCGGCCGUAUCGUUCUGCGACCUUGAAGUGUCGCGAAGCAUCAAGAAAACAACCUCCGAGUGUCGUUCACCGUAAAGUGGUGUAUGAGCGAACACCUCUGGAACGCAUCGAGACGCUGUUCGAUCGAAGGAUUAUAUUCGGGGACUAGUUAAUAAGGAAGGCAAGCAGGCAGGCAGGCAGAGGCGGUUCACGGUGCGUCACGGAAACAAUUUCGCAUCGUAAGAGCUCUACGAUGAAGAUCGGCGUCGGAACGUGAGGAUGGAGAAUCGUGUACGGUAGGGGAGAGGACCUCGAGAAAGCAGAGCAGUAUCAUUGAGGAUGUCACAGAGAAACGUUAUCGCGUGUCGGCUUCGGUGUGAGUGAAACGUGUGCGUGGCGUGGCAUAGCGUGGCGUGGCGUAGCGUGCUGUUCCGUGUAUUGGAAUAGAGGAAACGAAGAGUGAGAGAGGAGAACGGCAGAGGAAUUAAGAGGUUAGGAUGCCGCAGUGCGCCGUGGCUACGUGCCGCAACAGUCAUCGUCGGACCCGUGGCCGUCGUAUCCGCUACCAUCGAUUCCCCCAGAUACCGGAAGUACGCUCGCGAUGGGUGCGCGCGUGCGGUCGCGUGCCCCUCUCGAACGGCGAGAUACCGUUCAACAUACAAACCGCGCGUAUAUGCUCCCUCCACUUCACGAACGAUUCCUACGAGAAGGAUAUGGAGCACCUUGUGCUCGGUCUUCCUGUGCGCAGUAGGUUGCGUCGUGGCGCUGUGCCGACGAUCGGUGUGCCGGUGAACGUGCAGCCGGUGACCAAGAUGCUGGUCGAGGACGCGAAGCGCUCCCUCCUCAAGGUCACCCAUGCUAAAAUGCUAACCGGCCAGAAAGUGACCGGCAACAACGGUCUGGCGGACAGUAAGCAGCAGCACCAUCAGCCGGCCACGGAGAGGCGGCAGCAGCAGCAGCAGCACCAUCACCAUCACCACCACCACCACCAGCAUCAGCAGCAGCACCACCAUCAACACCAGCAACAACGUGCUAAGAGCGGCAAUCAAGUGAACCAGGAGCAAAAGAUGGCGGGCAUCGACGUGCUGCUCGCCCUCGGUCUCAAACCCGCGCCACGUUUGAACAAGAUGCACGCGAUGGAAGGUGCUGCCGGGAACGGGAAGAAGGUGGACUCGGCCGAGAAGACCAGGGAGGACGACUCGUUGAGGGCCUCGCCGAAAGUUCCUCAGAGCCAGCAAAAUGGCGCCGCCCUGCCGGAAGAAACAGCGGCAGUGCCAGCGACCGUCGAGUGCCUCCGCUCGACCUCUAUAAAAAAGGAACCUCUCUGUGAUUCGGAGUCGGAGACGACGACCAAGACGACCCUGUCGGCGGUGGACGGGGCACAACAGAAGCCGAUCGCGUCCCGAUGCGCGAAAUCCGAAACAGAAGGAAGCGGCAGAAAACGGAAGUCCACCGAUGGACAGUUGUCCUCAAACGGCAACCCAGCUCCUAAGAAGUUCUGCCUCGAGCAAAGGGAACAGUAUAUAUCGUCCCUGGUCGGCUGUGAGAAAGUUACCGCGGAAGAGCUUGCUGCGAGGGCUGAUCAACUUCGCGCCGAAGUACAGGCCUUGGACGAGUUAGCACGUGCCAAAGAAAUGGAAUGGAACGAAAUUCUGAGCAUGAGGAAACUGAAGGAGGAGGCGUACCUGAGAAUCGAAAGAAGGCGGCAAGUGAUGGGAUUUAUGGAGGGCAACGGACAGUUAGCGGACACGUUACCCCCAGCCAGCUUAUCGCUCGGCCCGGAAUGGGAGAGCAGCGGGAAUACGACACCCGUAUCCAAAGAAAAGCUGAACUUCGGCUCGAAAGAGGAUUUGCCCGAGGAAAGCUCUCGGGAUUCGCCGGCUUUCAAAAAAGAGAAAACCGGGAAACAAGCGUCCCAGCGACAAUCGACGCCCCCGAAACAAGGUGGAGAAAAUGGUCGGAAACAGGCUGAGGCGCUCAGCCCAGAAAACAGGCAGAUCGGUGAGGGCCGUCAAGGAUCUAUCGUUGAUGUUAGAUCUAUCAUCGCUGAUUACAGGCUGAGGCAUCCUGAGAUAGUACCACGAAGGGGUCGCAGAAUGAGAAAUUCGGUGAACGUUGGCCUCGGCGCAGGUGGGGCUAUGGUAGAAACGGGACACAAUGUUGACUCAAGGCCAUCUAGUACGGACUCUUGCAAAAGCAAUCCAAACAUGUCGGACCCUAACAAUUCCAUGAGCUUUAAGGAUGUUCUUGUACAAUUCGCUAAAUUGAGCCAACAACAAGGUGAACCUGUGAAAACACCUCAAAAUUAUCCAGAUGUAACGCUUCACCCCGUGGCGCCGUCUCCAGCACCUCAAAACACACCGCCUCAACAGAGCUGUUCCUUGCUCCAUGGAAUUCUCACAAAAUCACAAUCUCCAAGACCUACAACUUUUUCACCUACUUUAGCUAGAUUACUCACCGCACCUGAAAGAGAAAGGAAUGCAUCAACAGCCGCGUCCAUGCCACAGCAAAGUGCGGCAACCCAGCACCUUUUGCAGGCAUAUCAAGGUUCUAAUCCGGUUUCUAUCAGCGACCUUCUGUCUUCUUCCAAGGCUCGAACUGAAAUAACCAUAACACCUGUCGUUAAUACCCCGGUACAAUCACACUCAAAUAAUUUAAUCCACGUGGAUGAUGUAGAAGAAGAGUCAGCAGUAAUUGAAGACAGAGAAACGCGCAUCUCUUCGGGUGGAAGGGAUGCUAGAGAGGACAGAGAUAGUCCUCCGCGAUGCCAAGGGUGUCAUGAACGUGCAGCACAGUUUGUUUGCGCUGGCUGCGGAAAUCAGUGGUACUGCAGUCGUGAAUGCCAGGUUGCUGCAUGGGAUGAACACUCAGAAGUGUGUUCUGGCUAAAGAAGAUCUAUAUAUCGAUCUAAAACGUCGUACUCGCGAUAUCGAGUGAAAUACCUAUCCAACUGAGAAUAAAUCUAGUCAAAACAGAAUGGCCAAGAAUAUAACGUGUAUUGAGUACGAUAGAACAAAAGGAAUGAAGCUAAGAGAGCAGUGUAUAUUUUUAAGGAUCCUCAGAUGUGUUUAACAUGUAAAGAAAUAAGUUUUAUUUCAUAAAACUGGAUCAAUAAGUAACGGAAGAAAAUGCGUCGAACUUCAAGCGGUACAACGAGGAAAAGAUCGGAGUUCGAGUUGAAACGGUCGUUGCUUCACUGUAAUCACCGCACGUUGCUUUUAUUCGAUAUCAGUAUCAAACGACCGGGAGUCUUUAACAAGAUCAAUAGAGUAUUAACCCUGCUAAAAUUAAGCAUUUAAUGUGUAUCUUCCAAAGGAUAAAUUGUUCAAGAAAUUCUUAAUUAUAAUUCGCGUCGGAUAUAAGCAUACGCAAGAAUUUCAUGUAUCGGAUACUUUUUGUUUUACAUUUUAACUAAUGUAUCGUGUACAACGUACGCUAGUUGAAAAUUAUCAACUAUUUCCGAGAGAAGUAAAGAAGGAAGAAAGCUAUUAUCUCGCAAUGCUGUACAGAAUUUUAUACAUGUUAGCAGGGUUGUUCAGUAUCAGAUUUUAAACAAAAAUGAAAAUUGAUUAAUAAUUGUGUGCCAUGCGUAAGAUUCAUUUCAUGGUCAACCGUGUAUUCUGAAAAUAAUCUAUGAUAUAGAUUACUUGAGUGUCUUUAUAAUACCGUCACUUUGUUUCGUUUCUUUAUUUUAUUUUUUUUCUAAGCAAAACCUGUACACAUUAUGAUAAAAGACGUCAUAUUCGACGAUCACAGUGCGAGAUACACACAAGCACUCAACCUUCAUGUAUUUUUGUCGUUCAUUCAAGAGAGGCACGUAAAAUACGUACCUAAUACCAUAUUUUAUACCAUAUUUGUUACCAACGUAUAAAUCUAGAAUUAAUGAAACGUUAGCCUUAGCGUAGAUUUAAGCUAUUUCUUUUUCCCUUCAUCUCUUUCACUUGUUCGUUGGUAACGUAUUGACACGAUUUAAGUUCACUUCCUCAUUUUUUUUAAAUUAGUAUGUUACCCAAACGACAAUUGUCCCAGAUAUAAUCUGUAGUCCAAAGUUCCUACAGGUAAACGCAACAUUAUAUAUAUUUUCCCAAUUACGAAGCAAACCAAAAUAAAAUAAAGUUUUUA